CCGCUACCUAAUACCUAGCAGUAACUACCUAGACCUAGGUUACCUAGGUUACUACCUUUAACAAGUGUUUAGCGGCCUCAGCAUUACCUAAACUAAAGGAAGCUGGGCUCCAUCUUUAUACAUUUACAUAAUAGGCGUUACCGCCAGGUUAAAGGAGUAGCCUUCGGGAUUUCACACAUUACUUAUAUUUCGCCAGAAUAUCCAUGGCAGUCGAACCGCUCUUUUCUCCAAUAUUAUUACUCUUAUAUUCCUUUAAUCCUACAGAAGGGUUACCUCAUGUAGCCCUGUGCAACCUUGUUAAUUCCCCGUAAACCUCUUGCAACACCCGCCGUAGCUACAAUGUCUAGCUUCAAGCGAGCGUCGCAAUAUGGCGCGUCGCAGUAUGGCGCGCCAUCCAAGCCAAGCAUCCUAAGUGCAUUGCGAGCAACCUCGAUGAUAGAGACGAAAACGGCUCUUCCAGCUGAAAUCAUCGUCUCUAUACUCGAUUACUUGCCGAUACCAGAUCUUCUUCGGUUUGCAAGGACAUCAAGCCGGAUGCGUGAGAUGGUAUAUGAUGACACGAGAUGGGUAGCGAGACUUAAGAGCAUGGGAUGCUGGAACGAGUUGGAAGCCAGGAAAAGAUUCGAGGAAGCUAUAAAACGAAAGCGGGAAGCUACAGGACGGCCGAAUGCUAAUGGCGUUCCAAAUUCUGUAGCAGGGAGACAGACAAGUACGACUAUUUUCGAUGCUACUUUGGAAGAGGAACGCCGAAAGGCCCAAGAGGAAAGAGCUUUACAGCUCCAGGAAUCAAGACUCGACGGGUUCGAGACACUGAGUUUAACCCAACCGCAGUCUAAGUCACCUUACGAAGAUCCAGAUGCAUUACUCAAUGUGCUCAAGAAUGUCAGAAGCAUACGGGGCCAUGCGAGGCAAGAGUACGGCAAAAUCUAUGGUGCUCUUGCGCCCUUUUAUUUCGACCUAGCGCGAGCGAAGAACCAUACCGAACCGAUCGUAUUCAAGGUAUUUCGAGAUCCAGAGAGGCAAGCGCAGAUGCUAUCCAAUUUGCAAACGUUUAGCAAAAGCGACUGGACCGAGGGUUAUAUGCAGCGAGAAGCUAGACUCAUUAAUAUGACAACUCUCUUCGAAAGCGCGGUCCUGAGAGAGUUCGAGCAGGGAUACGAAUUCUGGGACGUCGAUGGCAGGAUGAAAAGAUAUGCUCAUGUGCUUCAUAGCUUGAACGGUGGCAACGCAGCGAUGGAUCUCUUUAUUCACAAGCAUCCGAUUCUCAAUGACCGCGGAGCCAUAGGCAAUCCGAUGGAUUGUAUCAAUCAAGCCCCUCAAGAUAGCAUCACCCUCGAGCCUUCCCGCGCCUUCUUCAAUUCUCUUGUGAAGAAAGUCAACGAGCAAGGCGAUUUAAUUGGCCGUAUCUUCCCUCAGGCAGCAACUGUCUUCUGGGUCUUUGUGGACAAGGUCCGCGAAGAAAUCAUCAUGGAAUAUGUUACACCCCUAUUAGACGAAUGCCACGAUCGGUAUAUGCCGUCCUACUUAAAAGCCGUGUCCGGUUUGUUCGAGCAAUGCAUGGAAUUUGUUCAGUUACUUACCCCGCCUAAGGGCCCUUCUGAAAAAAGCUUGGAAGACCACGCAAAAGAGAUAGCCCUAAGGGUGUUUGAACCGCAUCUUGAUCUCUACUUGCAAGAGGAGCUGGAUAGUUUGACAAAGUAUGCCGAACGCGAAGUUGGAAACUGGGAACAGAAGCUCUCAGAGCAAGAGGCCACAGUUGAAUCAUUUUAUAUGGGAAAUUUUAACCGACAGGCUGACAAAAACGACUUUCUGAGCUCUUUCAAGAAAGUAGUGAUGAUGCCAGUCACAGUCUUGCCUUUCGGGACUACCAAGGCGACGCCAGCAGCGGCUGCUACCAGCAAUACGCUACGACUAUCAGUGGCUGGUACACCAACGUCGUCCCGCCCUCAAUCACCUGGACCUGGUGAUACCUUGGAACGGACCGCGAGUCCUCUGCCUUCUGAAGCGCCCACGGAUGAACUAAAGGCGAAAGCUGCGCUCAUGGCAAACCGACUUGAAGGGAUCAGGAGUCUCUUCAGUAUCGAGGUUGCUCUUGAUUUGGUGCACGCUGCGAAGGAAAGCCUUGGAAGAGCUGCGAAGUUUAUGACAUUAGGCGGUCAAGCAGGAGAGGAAACCCGAGAGCAAUGCGAAGCGAUGUUCGUUGUCCUAGUGAAGAUUCUGGGUCAGACACAUGUUAAAAACGGGUUUGCGAAAGCCGUGGAUCACCUUUCCCGGUAUAACCCUCGAGAAAUAAGCGAUCAUAGCCAGACCGGAGUGGCACCGCUCGUCAUGUUCAUCGAAUUGGUCAACGUUGGGGAUAUUAUCUCACAAAUGAUCGACGUAUUUUAUGAGCAGCAACUUGCGGCGCCCAAAAUCGCUGACCGAAACGACUUUCUCGAUCCUGCAGGCCUAGCUAAAAAGAAGUUUGAACAAAUGUUGGACGAGAAUGUUGCAGCAGGUCUCAAUAAAGGCAUCGACGUACUGAUGGACGAAGUCGAAUACCUAUGCGCGACGACGCAGCUACCUACCGACUUCAAUCCAUCGCCUACCCCGCAAGACAUCGGAGCAUCUAAGGAUCCCGAUAUAGGCCCAACCACAACCGCAAAGCGCGUUACCGAACUAGUAGCUUCUCAUACGAAGAUGCUAGUAGGGAGUACAGAGAAGACUAUGCUGGACGUGUUCAACGGCGAAGUUGGACUACGUUUGUUCACAGCCGUGUGCAAACAUAUCAAACGACAGCGUAUCAGCACCCAAGGCGCGAUCAAACUCAUCGCUGAUAUGAACAUGUAUUUCGAAUAUAUUAAGACGCUCAAGAACCCGGAUCUACUAGUAUACUUCAAAGCCUUACGGGAAUUAAGUCAGAUAUACCUUAUCGACGCCAAGCAUGCCAAAGAGAUGGCGAUCAUUAUCGCCGAUGGCGACCGUUUCGGCGGCAUAUUCCGAGCCGAGGAAGUAUAUGAGUUUGCUGAAAGAAGAGCCGACUGGUACCAGGUCAAGAAGGAUGUAGAGAGAGCCAUGUACGGACUCGAGUGUCAAAUAAUGUAGGGAUGUCAUCCUUCGUUGUCCAAAGCAUCAAAAACCCACCACCCUGGCUUUCCGUUUAGAUUUGCCGGCCUGGUCGCACCGGUUACGGGGCUCAUCUUUCUGAAAAGCAAGCAUCUAUUCGGAGAGUCUUCGGAGGAUGAGUGUCAGUCGCGGGAUCCUUCCAAGAUCCUAGACGAGUUUGAGAUGGAGAUAUUUCCAUCGACUGUUGUGUGGCCCGAUCGCUGAUUGAAACCACUUGAAACAAUCAAAACCCGGUCUGAUCUCAGACUGGAUUUUAAGGUUCUAACAGACUCGAGAAGUUACUAUUCCGGCCGGCUAGAAGCGAACCAUGUCAUCGGGAUAAUGCCUGCAUCGAAUGGAUUGCGUACUACCAUUGGCCUAAAUGGUAGAUCUGCCACCGACAUUUCGGGUACUACGAGUAAGAUGCCAGGCAAUAGUACACCAUCCUCCAUACUGUCUUUGGUUAAUUAU